CCGGUCUCGAUAUUGGGAAAUGAAUUCUGGGGCUUGUAGUCUUCGAGGAAUGGGGCUAGACUUUGGGAAGUGGGGAGGGUGCAGGGAAGACUACCUUCAAGACAAUCUACUAAGUAUAAUGUUGAGGCUGGUCGCGGUGUUCUCAGGCAGGUACCCACUGGAUCGCAGAUCCAUCUGUUAGAUAUCUGCCUGAGCAAACCUUCUUGAAGAAGGGAGCUCGUCCCCUUUAAGAGGGCGGGGGGGAGGAGGGAGCAGAUGGGGUGAGAAUCUGCAGCUGCCGCACAGCUGGGCUGAACCAGCUGCUUCUGGGCGGGAUUUUGCAGGGUUUGGGUGGUGGCUUGCGGUCUGGCUGGGGCUUGGGCUCUGCCUCUUCCUCUGGUUCUGGCUCCAGCUCGUGCCCGGGCUCUGGCUUCGCAUCCUGCUGCUGCUCCUCAUGCAUGGCUCCACGGUCCCUCAGCCACGUUAUCUUGUUGCUGGGUGGUGCUGUGGCCGUGCUGGGCUCGGUGCUCUUCGUUGUAUGGAAGGCCUACUUCAGUGAUGGUAGCGGGCGGCGGCGGAGGCCCUGGUGGGAAGCAGAGCUGAGCCCCUACGUGGGGGAGCUGGAUCCAGAUGAGCGACAGGUCCUGGUGCUAGGUCUGGAUGGGGCUGGGAAAAGCACCAUCCUGCACUGCCUCUCCGGCCAUAGAGCCAAAGAGCGAAUGGCUCCAACCUGGGGUUUCAAUUCUGUUCGGCUCCCCACGGAGAGCUUCCAGAUGGAUUUGCUAGAGGUUGGUGGUAGCCAGAAUCUGCGGUUUUACUGGAAGGAGUUCCUAAGCCAGGCUGAUGUGCUAGUGUUUGUGGUAGAUUCUGCUGACCGGCUAAGGCUACCCUGUGCUCGGCAGGAGUUGCAUAUGCUGCUGGCAGAAGAUCCUGACUUGCCCGUGGUUGUAGUAGCUAAUAAACAGGACAAAAGUGAGGCUUUGAGCGUGGCUCAGCUACAGCAAGAACUGGACCUGCAAGCCUUUGACCAGCGGGAGUUCUUCUUGCUGCCAGUGAGCAUUCCCCCAGCUGGGCCAGACUCUUCACCUCCCAGUAUUCACCACGUCUGGACACUGCUGUUGGACCUUCUCUCCCAAGCUUGACCAGAAUAUACCUCCUGGGAUAAGGGCUGCCCACUCAUUUUCCCACAGCCCAAUCCUCUGACAGAAGUUUACAUAACCUUCAGGAGAGGUGCUUUUUGGAAGAUCACUGAAAGCCUUAGAUUUGAAGUCAAGACCUGGAUCCCAAUCUAAUUCGUUAAUACUUAUCACUUUUAGGAAAGUCACUUCACCUCAUGGGCUUGUGUCUUCAUCCAUAAGAUGAGGGGUUGGUCCAAAGUGGUUCUUUCCAGGUCGAAAAUCCUGGACCGGGAUCCUAAAAUCAUAAUCCUGGUGCUCAGAGAAAAAGAAUUUAGGAGCCUGGAUAAGCUCAAAUAGAUUCUUUUGGCUUGCUUUUCCUUAGACUCUGGGUUAAUCUGGGCUGAGGAAAGAAAUUCCUUCUCUGCCUACUGAAUCUGGGAUGACUGGGGCAGUGGUCACUUUCCAGGGAGCCCCAGAGUAAGCAGUCCUUUUAAGCUCUACUCUCAGGUCACACAGUGGCUGUUAGAAUACUUGCCUACAGUGCCAAACCAUCUCAUACUGGAAGUGGUUUAUUAAUGACAAUAUAGCAUAAUAGAAAAAAAAACACAACACUGUAGUCAGAAGAACUGAACUUGAAUUUACUGUGUUACUAAUGACCCUUGCAAUUGCAAGUAAAUGACUUCCAUUUCUUGAGCCCGUUUCAUCUCUGCCUGGCAUGGGGCCAAAAGAACCCCCAGCUUCUUAUCACCACCUUUCAUCCCCCCAAUCUCAUAGAGCCAUGGUAAGGCUCCAAAAUCUUGGUGCUACUUGCCUCAUAGGGUUGUUGUGAGCAAAGCGUUUUGUGAACCUUAAAGCACCACAGAAAUAUAAAACUAUUAUUUUUAAUUCUAAUUGAGGAAGCAUGGCAUAAUAGGUAAGAGCUAAUCCAGGGAAGUUAGGAAAACCUGGGUUCAAGUCUUGCCUUGGACUGAUAGUACCUAAGGAAUUUGAGUUAUGCUGUUUGGCUUUUCUUGGAUUACAAAUUACGGAACAGUUGCUUGUGUUGGUAAAAAAAUUUCCAACCUGGCGAUUUUUCACACUACUGAAACCAUAGGGGCUGGUAUCCCCAAUUUUUUUUACAUUAGCAUUGUAUUAUUCACUGUUUGCUUCAUGGACUGCCACAAAAAUGGAUGAGGAAAGGCCAACAUUUCAUCCAGUAAUGCUCUAUCAUGGAAUGCCACAUUUAGUACCACUGACCCAAAGAGCAGUGAAGAGAUUGAAUAGUGAGGUGGCAAGUGCACAAAAAAAAUUUUGUAUCACCAAUGGUGAACUUGAAGAAUGAUAUGGAGCCUACUCUGGAGAACAAAUGACUUGAAGUGGGCUAUAAAUGGAACAAAGGUGGAAAAUAAGUAUAGCCAUAGCAUGCAACAUAUUAAAAGAAUUUUAAAAGGCCUUCAGCGCCCUGAGCAGAGCAUCUACAGAUGAUGUGAGCAUGGGAGAUGGCUGCUACUCAUUGACAGGUUGAAAUUUGGAGCCGUGGAGGCGGCACUCGUGCCAAGAUGAUGCUGAUUCAGUGUUUCACAGCCUUGUCUAUCUUUAAGGUCUCAGGAUCUGACUUGAUUGCCAAGUCCUUUUCCCACAGCUUCUGGAGGCAAUGAUACCAAUGGUUCCCAUCUCGUCACUUCUGGACUCUGGCCCUGGCCUACUGUCAGCAACAUGUUUGCAAGUCCUCUUCUAAAGUAAAUUCUUAUUUUGUUGAGAUUAACAUUGAGGAUAUGUUCUACAAGCAGUAUCUGCAGGUUCUGGGAAGGAGACUGCCAAGUUCUAAGCUUAUUUGCUUCCUGAUCUAAAGUCAGGGAGAAGAGUUAACUAUUGUGGACUAAUAGGCAUUUUCCUUAGGUCCAUCACUGUCUUGUGACCCUGCCCAGACCUGACCUCUCUCCAGUCCCCUUCCUCAAGACCAUGACACUCCAAAAUAAGCACAAACUGUUCCUAAGAUGGACAACAUGGAGGCAGGUGCUGGGCAGUGAACUUGGUUUGAACUGUGCUACUGCCACCUUGGCUAAGCCAUGUCCCCACUGUAAAAUAAAAAGGGCACAGUUGAUCUUGGAGAAUCUACUCAGUUUUCACUUCUUGUAUUGCAUGUUCUUACAGGCUGUCACAAGCAAAGUUAUCAAUGUGCUAUUAAUUCUGCAUAGGCUCCUAGGGGCAGAAAACUGCUUAGGGAAACCAAUCCAUUAGGCUGCAGGGCUGGGCUUGAGCUUCAGUCUAACAUCUCUAAGUUUUAAAGGAAGCAAGCCCAAAUUCCAGACUCAAUCCUGUUUUCUGGCACUGUUGUUCAUAGACUGGAAGGUCAGGAAGGGAAGAUGACCCAAACUGUAGGUGUCAUUAUUGUAAUAGCCUUUCCCAAGAGGGAAAGUUUUUUACAUCUUUAAAGGCUGUAAAAGCAUUAUUAUUCUAACAGCAUGAACUGUUAAUAGAAUUGUAGGGAAUAUAAAAUCCGAACUGACUCUCUACUACCAUGUUGGCAAUUUCAGGGAUCACAAAUUCAUUAAUUCUACUAAGCAUCAAGUGUUCCAACAAUGUAAGUUUUAGUAUAUUCAUGCCAAUGUUCCCCUUAAGCAGUUACUCAUAUUGGAAUAUGAUUAAAGGACAAAAAUAACACUUGUAUGGUAGCAGAAGCUUGGAUUCUUGUCUGAGCUUUACCACUAAUUGUACAUGUGACUCCAGGCAAGUCACUUCCCUAUGUUUGGGGACCUGUUUGGGACCCAUCUGUGAAAUAGGUUAGACCCAGUUGACCUUUUAGGUCCUUUCCAGUUGUGAAAAUGCUCUGGUUCUAAUUGGUCUAUGGUCACUCAUAUACUAACAUAUGAUAUAAAACAAGUUUUAUAGGUAAUGGGGAAAAGAAAACUAAGCAUGUUCCCUCCUCUCCAUUAGGAAAAACAUCCAAUUCCCUUGCUUUUUAGAUUUAGGGAAAAAAAACUGGGGGUGGGGACAGGGGGAGGAAAACUAUUUAGUAAAUCCAAAAGUAACAAAAAUAAAUUUCAAUUCCAUAAUCCAGCUAAAUUAGAGAAGCAAAAAAAGUGAGCCAAGAAUGAAAAGUUUGAUAAGUUUGAAGAUUGUGCCCUGUCUACUUUAUCAUAGGCAAAAAUUAUGAUUGCCCUGCAAAAUUCUCAUUAGCUAUCCAGUUACUUAAAUAAAGUCUUGUUUCCCGUGUAAUCUUAAGGUUAAUUUAAUGUAGUAAGUUAUUAAGGUUUUUGAAAUGUCCUUUGCUAUUUUAAAGGUGGCUAGAGCCUUUAAAGCAUCAAAAAUGAUUCCCUGAUAUCUCUUGCAUUUAGGGACUACAACUUCCUUAUUCUGUAAGUAAAUAUUGUAUUUAGAACCAGUAUUUAUUUAUCUUAAGACUUUGCAAACACUUUUCUCCCCACCAAAAAAGAAAAAAAUCAUACUGAGUUGGGAUCAAUUAGGAAAUUAAAAAAAAAAGCUUCCCUGGAACUAAGUUUUCAGGACUAGUGCUACAAACAAGACUGAGAAGCUGCUGGGAACUGUUACCUGGGUUAGAGGGUUGUCAAUCAGAAUCAUCUCUUUUUGAGAUGUGAGUUGGAUUAUAAAGCUCUCCUCCCAGUUCAAAACUAAUCAGAAUGCUUCACAAUGGAGAUUAUUUUAUUAACAAGUCCUUUUCUCAACUGGUACCUAAUAGGACAAAAUAAGAACAUAAACAUAGUAUUUGCUAAGGAUUCUUCACUACCUUGGUAUUUCUUUCUCAGCUAUUACUGGGCAAUAAUUUUUCUCACCCAAGUCUGACCCUAUGGAAUGCAACUCAAACUAGCCUGCUAUAAACACAACUCUGGCAACCCCGUUGCUUUCACUACCUCAAUUCCAUGCAGAUAGCACCAACUCUAUUGCCUCUGAAUUCUUGGGAGUUCCAAUCCAGCCUAUACAUGCAUGAUCCCUUCUCUGACUCUAAAUUUACCUUGGGGUUAGAUGAUAGCUACAUCAUUGAGACCUUAAGUCCAAUGAGUCUGUGUCUUCUGAUAUUUAGUAACUAUUAAAAAAAAGCCUCGAGUAACAUGAGACUUAAAACGAGAAGGUAGAGAUCGUCCAAUCUGAUGCCAUCAUUUUACAGACUAGGAAUCCAAGGCCCAAGAAGAGCAAGGUGCCCAAGAUCACACAGAUGGACAAUAGAAUAGCCAGAAAUUGAACCCAGACACAGUGACUACAGAUGUCUUCCCACCAUAACCAUUUAGUUAUUGUUUAAAUGCCCAUAGACUGUCUGAAAAAGUUACCAAUUGCUCAUGAUUAGGACCUUUCAAUAUUAGUUCUAAAACUAAACCUUUUGCACAAGGCUAAGAAGUAGACACAGAAAACAUUAUUAAGCAUAUUGCUUUGAGUAGACUAUUUUUCUUCAAAUUAUAUUUGUAUAACCAGUGUUUAGAAUAUAAUCAUACUUAGUAGAGAUGCCAGAGCUAAAACUAGAAAUUUCUAAGGUUUCUUCUUACUCAAAGCGAUUAACAAAAGUAAAGAUAAUAAACAUGAGAAAACAUCUUUAUUUGAAUGAAAAUAAAAAAAAUUUCACGUGAAAUUUUUAAAUAUAGUACUUAAGGGUCACUUUUUUCAGGGUAUAUGUAUGUGUUUUUUUCUUUUUUUCCUCUUCAGAGAUCUCAUUUAAGGGUCUGGCCUAUAGUUAAUCCCACAUCAAUGUAGGAAACAAUUUUUGUGACUAUGUAAAAGCUAAAUAUAGCCAUGAAUAUGUACACUUUUGUAUAUCCAAGGAGAAUUCUUCACACUCGGCCCCCCUUCAAGUCUAGAAAAUUAGUUCUUUGUCAGAAUAAACAGUACAGAUAUAUCUGAAGCUUCUUCUGGCUAAGACUUUGCCUUGACUUAUUCCAAUAAGACAACAGUAAUACAAAAAUCUUAAUGCUCAGUAACACUAGACACAGUUAUUUGAUUUCUACCACAACAGUGGCUUUCAACUCACUAUAAGAUCUCGGUAGGCUAGAAACUGGUGUAGUAAACAAUGUUUCAGCACACAGCAUGCAUUUCAAAAUGUUUGAAUUGUCAUUAACUCAACAUCUUAAUACAAUAGUUAAAAACUAUUAGGAUACACUGGAUCUGGGUUUAGAGAAUGAAAGUAUAUUACUUAUGGGAUCCUGGAUCAUCUCUUUGGGCCAGUUCUCAUCUAAAAAAUAGUAAAAAUUCUAUCUAUAGCAUUUAUCCUCAAAGACUGUUUGAGAAUACUAGGAAGUAAUAUAGGAAAAUGCUAUAUAAACUUUCAAUGUGCUGUAUUGUUAGCUAGUAUUAUCCAAAACCCUUCUCUGUGUUAUGAUCAGCAAUGGCCCACAUCAAACUCUUAAAAUGUAAAGUAUUAAAUCUUCUAUACAUCAGCUUAUGUUUAUAGUUUUUCUAAGGAGGUACUUAAACUGGAUUAUUGGGGCUAAAAGAUGACUGUGAAACUAAAUGCCCUAAGUACAAAAUAAAUGUUACCACAAAAAACCCCAAAUCCCCAAGUGUUAUUUAACACAAUUCUGGUUUGGAAGAGACAGUGGUAUUAUGAGAAAAGCAAUGCAACUUGGAAUAAAAAAUCAUUGAGACUUUCAGCUCCACUUAAUACCAGGUACACAAUCUUAGAAAAAUCCUUCAACUUUUUACCUUCAAUGGAGAAGCUGUGUUGCCUGAGCAAGUGUCAGGAGAUUAAUAGUUAGAUACAGCUUAGAUUGGAUGAACUGAGGUUCCUUCCACUUCAGUGAUUAUAAUGCUAUAUGAAUAUCAUCCCUAGUUACUUCCCAUGACAAUUGGAAGAAAUGCUUUAUAAAUUCUAAGGCACUGUAUAAACUGAAGGUUAUUAAUCUUAAGACAAAAACAACUGAUAUUUACACAACAUUUUAUAGCAUACAAAGCACUUUACUUAUUUUACAACCACCUUGGGAAGUAGAUGGCACAAGUAAUAGCCUCAUUUUCAAAUGAGGAAACCAAAUAGAGAUCAAAUGACUUUCCCAGUUCAAUACAAAACAAUAUACACAUAGAGGCAGCUAAGUGGUGCAGUAGAUAGAACACCAGCCUGAAGUCAGGAGGAACCGAUUUCAAAUCUGGUCUCAGACACAACACUUCCUGGCUGUGUUACGCUGGACAAGUCACUUAACCCAACUGCCUCAGCAAAAAAACAAAAA